AUGCAUGAAGUGUUUCUGGCUGUCCAUGUGAGACGAGGGAAAUGUCUCGAGAUGCACGUUGUGCCCGCGCCAUCAUCCACUUGUCCAAACGUCGACAACUGGAGCCGAGCUGAGGAAGAUGAAAACUGUUACACACAUUGUAACUCUCAUUUUCAAUCUAAACAAAAUGCAUACGCAUAUCUAUCUAUCUAUCUAUCUAUCUAUCUAUCUAUCUAUCUAUCUAUCUAUUUAUCUAUCUAUUAUCUAUCUAUCUAUCUAUCUCAUUCUGUUUAUUUAUCUAUCUAUCUAUCUAUCUCAGUCUGUUUUAUCUAUCUGAUUCUGUUUAUCUAUCUAUCUAUCUAUCUAUCUAUCUAUCUAUCUGUCUGUUUAGCUAGCUAUCUCAUUCUGUUUAUCUAUCUAUCUAUCUAUCUAUCUAUCUAUCUCAUUCUGUUUAUUUAUCUAUCUAUCUAUAUAUCUAUCUCAGUCUGUUUUUAUCUAUCUGAUUCUGUUUAUCUAUCUCUCUAUCUAUCUAUCUAUCUCAUUUUCAAUGAACUAAACCGUCAUAGCCUUCCAAGGAAGACUAGAGAAAAUAGAGACGCUCGACUGAAAUUCUCUCGCGAGUAUCUAAAUGUCUAA